UUUCUCCUCUCGGGCAAUCAAUGGAUUUACUCUGAUUUGAAGAGCGUCCGGAGCCGUCUCGACUGUUGCUGUUGUUGUGGUUGUAAAGAGCGGAAAAGAAAGAAAGAAAGCCAUAGGAAAGGGUGAUGUUUGCUUUGCACAGGGUUCGUCAGUUUCGCGUCUUAUCCGCACUGGUUAUCGGUUCGAUUGUGUGUUGCGCGAAAAGCGUCAAUGAACCGGGCAACAUGUCUUUCGUGAAGGAGACGGUGGAUAAACUACUGAAGGGAUAUGAUAUCCGACUGAGGCCGGACUUUGGAGGGGCCCCUGUUGCAGUCGGGAUGAGCAUAGACGUGGCCAGCAUAGACAUGGUGUCAGAAGUCAACAUGGACUACACAUUGACCAUGUAUUUCCAACAGUACUGGCGGGACAAGCGUCUAGCCUACAUAGGAAUCCCCCUCAACUUGACCCUGGAUAACAGGGUUGCAGACCAGCUCUGGGUCCCUGACACCUACUUCCUCAACGACAAAAAGUCUUUCGUCCACGGAGUCACCGUCAAAAACCGCAUGAUCCGCCUGCAUCCAGAUGGAACCGUUCUUUACGGCCUCAGGAUAACUACAACAGCAGCGUGUAUGAUGGACCUUAGGAGGUAUCCCCUGGAUGAACAGAACUGCACUCUGGAGAUAGAGAGCUAUGGCUACACCACAGACGACAUCGAGUUUUACUGGAAAGGAGGCGACACGGCUGUAACGGGGGUGACGCGGAUCGAGUUGCCUCAGUUCUCCAUUGUCGAUUACAAGCUGGUGUCCAGAAACGUAGUCUUUUCCACAGGUGCCUACCCUCGACUGUCUCUGAGCUUCAAGCUAAAGAGGAACAUCGGCUACUUCAUCCUGCAGACGUACAUGCCAUCGAUCUUGAUUACCAUCCUCUCCUGGGUCUCCUUCUGGAUAAAUUACGACGCGUCAGCAGCCAGAGUGGCUCUAGGGAUCACCACGGUGCUGACAAUGACCACUAUCAACACCCACUUGAGAGAGACGCUGCCCAAGAUCCCCUACGUCAAGGCCAUCGACAUGUACCUGAUGGGCUGCUUCGUCAUGGUCUUCCUGGCCCUGCUGGAGUACGCCUUUGUCAACUACAUCUUCUUCGGGAGGGGUCCCCAGAUGCAGAAGAAGCUAGCGGAGAAGGCAGAGAAAGCCAACAAUGAGAGGGCAGCCAAGUACGACGCUGCAAGGGCGGAACCGCACGGGCAUGGGAACAUCCUGCUAACCACCCUGGAGAUCCAUAACGAGGUGGCGGGGGGCGAGAUCACCACCAGCUUGGCGGACAUUAGGAACUCUCAGUCCAUGGUGCAGUUGGACAGCACGGCCUCGUCGCACAUCCAGUACCGCAAGCAGAGCGGCGGGAUCGGCCCACGCUCCACCAGCAAGCACUCCCUGGACCGGGCCGCUCAGCUGAAACGCAGCCGUCUGCGGAGGCGGUCCUCGCAGCUCAAAAUCAAAAUCCCCGACCUGACGGAUGUGAACGCCAUCGACCGCUGGUCACGGAUCAUCUUCCCUUCUGUUUUCUCACUGUUCAACCUUGUCUACUGGCUCUACUAUGUCUGAUUGGACUGUUUUGUUGAGAUGUUUGUUGUUGCUUGUUUGAUUUUUUUCCUUCAUUUUGUUUCUUUCUCUUCCUUUUUUCCUGUUGCUUUUAUACAUGAUCAAAUCUAUCGAGUUAAAGACUGCAACCCUUCAAGACAAAAAAAACAACAGACUGAGAAAGGACCAAGUUCUUGUCAAAAUUGUUUUUAUAUUUGCAGUCUUUGAAUUUUAGUACCAAGGUCUUUUUAUUUUCAAAAGUAUGUACUGUAAUUGGGACUUGUGACAGUCAUUUCCCAACAUUUGCCCUUUCAGUAAUGUGUAAAUAGAGAGAUACAAAGCCAGCAAUUGAAUAAAUAAUACAGAAUUAGCAAAAAACAAACAAUAGCAGUUAACGCAAUGAUUUUUCUAAUAACAAAAACUUUAUACUACACAGGUGGUCAGAUAAAUGCAGGCAAUUCCUAAAAGUCCAUUAAACAAACUAAUGUAUGUUUGACUGGUACCAUAUGCACUACUAAUGCAUGUAAUGAUCAACCAUAGUGAAGAAAUUACUCCUUUUUUGCCUUGGAUUAUGUCACAACUUUACAGAAGACUCUGUUGAUGUGUAUUUGUUUAUAGCGUUAAUAAUAUACAGAAUACUUGCUAUUAACCAUGUCAUUUGCUGAUCUGGUAAAACUUUGCCCAAAAAUAAUAAUUUAAAGUUGAGGAUUUUAUCCUCUGUUCAGGAUGAUUGUGACUCAGGUUCUGAAUCUUUUGCUAUUUGACAUCUUCUUCUUGACGAAGAAAAGUGUCACUGAUCCUUUUUGGUAACUUGAUAAGGAAAAGAAAGCACAAAUACGAAUAAAACUGCCAUUUUUUCACUUCUACCUACUGGUAACAGCGCUCAAGUGAUAGCAUGACAGAAUUGCACUCAAAUUUAUCAAACUUCUUCUAAAAAAUGGUCUUACUUUCAUUUAAAACAACUGCCAAGGGCCUUUUGGGCGACACGGUUACUUAACCCAUGAAAUAUUAUAAUAUUUUUGUACUCUGUGUCUUCAGGUAUUCCUUUGACUUUCCUAACCCGUCUUUUUUUCUUUGCUCAACACUAACUGUGUUAUGGUGAGGAAUGAAAUCCAUUUUUUUGUAUAUAAGUACAUAUGUGUAUAUACAUAAAUGUAUAUAUAUAUACUGUGUGUACAACCCAAAAUGAAAUUGAUCUGAGAAUUUUGUGAUUGUCAUACUGGCUAUUAAA